GGGGGAAUAAUAAGUAGAAUUGUUCAAAGUGGUGAGGGGGGAUGGCCACAGCGGCUUCCAAUCCUUACCUGGCCAGCAAUAGCAUUCUCUCAUCAGCCUCGAUCGUGCACUCGGAGUCCGGAGGUGGUGGCAUGCAGCCGGGAAACGGUGCCGUAACAUCGGUGUCGGGAGGUUACAGAGGAGACCCCGCGGUCAAGAUGGUGCAGAGCGACUUCAUGCAAGGAGCCAUGACGGCCAGUAACGGGGGGCACAUGCUGAGCCAUGCCCAUCAGUGGGUUACCUCACUGCCACAUGCGGCUGCCGCGGCCGCCGCCGCUGCAGCCGCUGCAGCGGCAGAAGCCGGCUCCCCUUGGUCCUCCAGCCCAGUUGGCAUGGCCGGGAGCCCACAGCAACAAGACGUGAAGAACAGUUCAAACAGAGAAGACCUACACUCUAGCACCGCGCUGCACCACAGAGCCUCGCAUUUAGGGGCUCACCAGUCGCACCAAAGCGCAUGGGGUGGCACCACAGCCUCCCACAUCCCCACCAUCACCGGAGGCCAGCAGCAGUCCCAGCAGUCUCUCAUUUAUUCCCAGCCGGGUGGCUUCACAGUCAACGGGAUGCUGAACCCUCCCGGGAGUUUAGUCCACCCGGGGCUGAUGCGAGGAGACUCGCCAGAAAUGGAUCACCAUCAUCACCACCAUCAUCAUCAGCAGCAGCACCCUCACCACCACCACCACCAGCAGCAGCACCACGCGGGAGUCAACAGCCACGACUCGCACUCAGACGAGGACGCGCCGACCUCCGACGACCUGGAGCAGUUUGCCAAACAGUUUAAGCAGCGUCGGAUCAAACUGGGUUUUACUCAAGCCGACGUCGGGCUAGCGCUGGGAACUCUUUAUGGAAACGUUUUCUCGCAGACCACCAUUUGCAGGUUCGAGGCUCUCCAGCUGAGCUUUAAAAACAUGUGCAAACUCAAGCCGCUGCUGAACAAGUGGCUGGAGGAGGCCGACUCGACCACGGGAAAUCCCACCAGCAUCGACAAAAUAGCAGCUCAAGGCAGGAAACGAAAGAAGCGCACCUCCAUCGAGGUGAGCGUGAAGGGAGCCUUGGAGAGCCAUUUUUUGAAAUGCCCCAAACCGGCAGCGCAGGAGAUAUCCUCUCUGGCGGACAACCUCCAGCUGGAAAAGGAGGUGGUUCGGGUCUGGUUCUGCAACCGAAGGCAGAAGGAGAAGAGGAUGACGCCGCCUGGGGUCCCUCAGACGCCCGAGGACGUGUACACCCAUGCCGGCAACGUGAGUGUAGACACACCGCCUCCGUCCAUGGACUGCAAACGGGAGUUUUGUGGUAGAUUACUUAAAAGGUGCAAGUUUGAAAGAUGAACCGGACAGCAACCACAACGUGACAACUGCGAGCUCCUAUGGCCAGGAGAUUCUGGUGCACUGACACCGAAAUCAUAACCAGCCCAAAACCAACAUAGACUUUAUGAAUUGAAAUGAUAAAAGAACUCCCAAGGACAUGGAUCAAUGCAGACAAACAUUAAAUAUUAAACAGUGGAACAAUUUACCCCAGGACACGUAUCAAUUUUACGCACAGGAAUUCUAUUACUCACUUUAACAAAACGGAAUUGUUUAGCAUCAUGUGCAAAACGGAAUUGCAUUAUGUGCAACAAACUACACCUUUUCUAUUUCAUAGUAUUUUUGUGGACCACACUUCUGUCAAUAGCUUUUACACAGAGAAAACUCUUAAGAAAAACAGAAAAAAAGGAAAAAAAAAAAAAAAAGAUUGAUUACUCUCAAGCUGCACUUAUUUUCCAAUUUCAGCCGACCCCUUGUAAACACUUUUUGUUGUUGUUUGGCUGAAUAAUCGUGGAUAUUGCCCUCUCUUCACUGCUUUUUCCAGGCAGAUAUUUUUGGUGGGUUUUUGAUAACAUGUCUGUGUAAAUUUGGCAAUAUGAAUUAUCUGUGUUGAUUUAAAUGAUUUGCUUUAUAUUUUCACUAAAAUCAAUUUCAAAAUAUUUUCAGGAGCAAUGACAGAUUUGUUGCGCGCUGUGAUGACUUUCAACCUAGUAGCAUCCCUUGUAGGCCUUCCCCCUGCCGUUUUAAAUAUUGAUUAUAUUUUAUACUGUUAGUAUUACACUUGUUAUUAUAUACAGAUAUUGUACACAAACACAUUGACGAAGCUGAAACAAACCGUUGUCAAACCGUUUCCCCCGUGGUUGUUAUUUAAGUUCAGUACUGACUCAGCGAGAAGUGAAUGAGAACAAUAAAUCUGAUAG